AUGAACGUACAAAUAAGACAUCCCUAUGAGGGUCUACUGCACAAAUAUACGAAUGCUAUGAAAGGCUGGCAGUAUCGUUGGUUUAUCCUGAGUCCUGAGACCGGUGAACUGCAUUACUUCCUCAGUGAAUCUGAGAAGAAUCAAAGGCCACGGUGUUCGAUAUAUUUAGCAGGCGCCGUAAUAGCUCCCAGCGAUGAGGAUUCAAAUACGUUUACUGUCAAUUCUGCUACGGGUGACAUGAUCAAACUUCGAGCUACCGAUGCGCGAGCACGUCAGGAAUGGGUAGAUAAACUGCGAGCAGUUACAGAGAUGUAUACCAGGGCUAUAGCCAGCAGCCAUCCUCCAUUGCCACCUCGAGAACAUUCUGGGAAUUCAAGCAGGAAUCCUGUUGUUAAGCUGGAAGUGCUGGACGCUUUUGCCAAUUGCCAGGAGCAAUUAAGAAAAGUGGAGAAACACAAUCUUGCUCUAGCACAAUCGAUUGAGAAUUCGGAUUUGCAUCUAGAUUCGGAUCUCUUAGUUCUCAAAGCCAUGGCACACACCACUUUACAUACACUGAGCCAAUGUCUGAAUAUAUUAUAUCAAUAACAAAUUAAUUAUAUAUUUUUUAUGUGUUUAUCUAUUAAUACUAAAAUCUUUUUUAUACCUAUAGAA